UAAAUUUAGUUAUGUUUUAGUAUUAACUAGAUAUAUUUGAUAUUAUUUGGAAUCUCUUAAAUUUAAUAAUAAUUUAUGUAAAUUAAACAAUGGCAAGGAAAGAAGAACCUAAAAUUCAACCUAAUAACGACUUGGAGAAAAAAAUUAUAGAGGCAUUUGAAGUAUUUGAUCAUUCUGGGAAACAAGUCGUUGAUGUGCGAGAAAUUGGGACAAUUUUACGUUCCCUUGGAUGUUGUCCCACGGAAGCGGAAAUACAAGAGGUGAUUCUGGCGACUGAAAACAAGGAGGCUACUGGAAAUGUGCCACUCGUCAACUUUCUCCCAUACAUGUGUAAAGUUAUGAUAGAACACAGGUUCUACCCCGCGAGUGCAGAUAUGCUGUUAGCUGCGUUCCGAUAUUUUGAUACUGAGGCACGUGGAUAUCUUACCAAAGAGAGAUUCACGCAGCUAAUGAUGGAGGAAGGAGAACCUUUUACCCAGGAGGAGUUUGAGGAAAUGAUGCAGACGGCUUUAGAUCCUGUCACCGACACCAUCACGUAUGAGUAUUAUAUCAAUCAACUCAUGGUGGCUCCUAAAGAAGUCUACAACAUUGCGGAUGCUAUGGAAGAAGAACGAAGAAAGAUCGAAGCUUCUGCUCCAAAGAAACGACGUGCCUCCUCAUUGCUAAGAGCUGCUCAGCAUUGA